AUGAUGUCGCCUACACUGGGUUCAAGAGUCCACAAGUUGGAAUCGAGAAUGGGAAUAAUGCAAACGGAAAUCGGCAAUAUUCAAUCAGAAUUUGGAUCGAUGAAAGAAGAUAUGCAGAAGAUAAUGAAGCGAUUGAAAGUGUUGGUCAGAAACGUGGGUGAUGAUCGUCAGGAUUGGAUCCUUAGAGCAGAACAUCACUUUUCUCUCAAUCAUCUAACAAAUGAAGAACGUAUCGAAGCAGCGGUGGUAGCUUUUAAAGGUGACGCAAUUAGAUGGUUUCAAUGGGAGAAUAAGAAAAGUCCGAUGAUUCAAUGGGAAGACAUGAAACUCAAAUUGUUGAAGCAUUUUGGAAUCACCGGUCAUGGUUCACUCUUUGAGAAAUUUCUCGAACUGAAACAGGAGGGCACUGUUGCUGAUUAUCGCAGGAAGUUUGUGAAUUUAGCUGCACCUUUAGAAGGUAUAUCCGAAGAGGUGUUCUUGAGUCAGUUUAUGAAUGGUUUACAACCGAUGAUCAAAGAUGAAGUGAGGCUUUUUUCACCCACAAACGUGUCUGAUGCAAUGGAUAUUGCAUGUAGAAUUGAAGAGAAGAAUAAUAACCUCAAAAGUGAUGGAAAUGCGUUCGAUAAUCAGGAAGAAGUUGAUGAAGGGGUUCUUGCUUAUCUCCGGUUUCCUCCAAAUUAUGUUAUUGAAAAGGGCAUACAUAUAAAUGAACUUGCACAGAAGCUGAAACUUUCUCAUGAUAAACUCAUGGAAUCAAUAACAAGACUUGAAAUUGAAGGCAAGAUAUAUUCAUCAAUUGAUGAGUUCCACUACAAACCAACAAUUAGCAGUUGA